AUGCAACGCUCUCCGGUCAUCGGCAAGGACUGUCCUUUCCCAGAGGUCGCCGACAGUCUCGAACCAUUCAUCAAAACCCGCCAGGAAACCAACGCGAUCCGACAGGGCUUGCAGUCUACAUUGCCACUAUCCACCAUUCAUGUCUCGCAGCCUCUUCCUUCGGAGGACAUCAAACCAGCGCGUCUCAUCGGCGUGAGGAGAGCGUACUAUCGUGCUCUGCAGGCUCAUAAUGCCGCGCAGGCGAAGUACGCGGCUGUUAAGGAGGAGCUUGCGCAGCUUUCUGCGGCGGGAGAACAUGAUGCACCGAAGGAAGCAGACGCUGGCUCCAACUUUCUCACGGACUCAUACAUCCCUCUGAUCCGGCAACGCGAAAAACACCGAAAACUCCUCGUCAUCGACAAAGCUCUCACCAAAGUCACGCAAGUCGGCAGCGAAGCAAUUACUGAAUCUUUCGACACUGUAGCUCAGCGUGAAGUCGGGGAGUUACCCGGUCUACCCUCCGCUUCACUCUCGGCGGAUCGGGAGGACUCGGAGUAUGAUUUAUUGAGACUGAAGAAGGCGAUCCUUUCCACUCGGCAGCAAAUUUCCGAGCACGAGAAGCAUUCUGCGAGAGCGAAGAAGCAGAUUGAAGGGCGCGGGAUGAAAGUGGAUGGUAAAGCCGACUUGAAAGCGCUGCAGAAGACUCACAUGGCGUUGACGAUGUGGAUGGAAAGUCAAUUGGGACUAAUUGGAGACGUGGAAGCUCCCACGCCAAAAGCGGCAGAUACGACGGGUAACGCGAACAGCGCGCCGGAGUUCACGAUCCGCGAUAUUGAGGAGUUGUACGAGACUUAUCUCUCCGCGCGGACACGACUACUUCAACUCGUCGCUCAUCCUCCUGCUCCUGGUCCACCACCUCCUCCUCCGUUCAUCAACAGCCGUGCUCAAAAUCCAUCCGACGCAACGAACGAUCAACACCCCCUCCUCACACCCUCCAUCCUAGCUCUCCCCUACCUCCACCCUCUACUCACCGCACACACCACCACCUCCUCUCUCACGCAGCAAACUUCCCAUGUCCGCCGAUCUCUCGCGCAGUCGGAAUUUCGCACGCAGGAGUUGCUGGGGAGACUAGCGGAUGAAAGUCAUUUGCUGCCGCCGGAUUUAUCGAGGAGUGGAAGCGGGGUUGGAGGCAAGGCGUGGAGGGAUGCAGGGAGGGCAGCGGGGGUCAAGACGAGGGAGGUGGCUUUGGGGAGGGUGCGGGCGGGUUUGGGGUUUGUGGAGAUGGCGGAGGGGGUGGUGGGGGAGAUUGAGGGGAUGGAGAGGGGAGGUAGUAGUGGGUGA